AUGGAUGAGCCUAUUUAUACUUUUGUUAAUGGUGUUCCUACUGAUCCUCAGGUUUUGGUAAUCUAUAACGGUUUGAGUAGGGUCCAAAGAGCCAGGUACAAUACACUCGAUGGCCAAGGGAAAAGCGGUUAUUUGCAUGCAGUUGCGGAAGAAAAGAAAAAACCGCGACAUUAUCUCAAUCUUGUUUAUGCUGUGAUCAAUUUACUUUCCAUCAUCGGUUUAAUGUCUGGAGCCACUUUAUUAAAUGCUGGAAUAAUUACAAGCCUGAACAAGAUGUUAUCCUUCACCGAUUAUGUAUUCUCUUUGAGACCCAAAUUGGUUGGCGGUAGCGGGAGGCCUAACUUGGAUGUUGCCAAAUACCGCGAUUUCUUUUGUAGGAGUUGGGAUAUUGUUUGCGGAAA